GGGGCACGCGAGGACUAUGUACUCCUAUAGUGUCAAUUUAGUAAAAUUAAAUAUAUUCUUUGAGUGGAAAGUAUAAAACUUCGUGAACGUUAGAUUGUUAUUGAUUUACAAAAUUCGAGUUCCAACUCUCAAGUCAUCAAGUGCCUCAACUUUCACAAUAUUAAAUGUCCCUAUUGGAAGAUGUUUUCCUCCAGGACGAAGCUAACGAGGCUAAUGAAUUAGAAAGAAUAAUAGAAGGUGGUGAUCACGAGGAAAGGUACAGCGAUGAUAAUAGUGAAAAAGAGGGCGAAGCAGAAGAAGAUAAAAGACGAGUAGAUCCUUCUUCUACAAAAUCUAAGAGAGUAAUAAAGAAUCCCAGAUUUGUUUUGAAUCCUGCUCGCCUCACUGGACCGAGAGGUAUUCAUGUAAUACCAGAGCAUUUUCAAGAUUUCAAAUUUAAAGGCAAAGGUCAUGAGAAGGAAGACUUGGAUGUAGUCUUAAAGAAAUUAGAACAUUGGGCAUAUAGACUGUACCCUAAAUUUCAAUUUGAAGAUUGUUUGAAGAAAAUAGAGGCAUUGGGAAAGAAAAGAGCUGUUAUGGUGAAUCUUCAUAAAAUAAGAUCAGACCAGUUCACAAGUGAGGAGAGAGUUGUGCAACAGGACUUAAGUGAUGAAGAUGUCCCUCAGGAGGAUGAGUUUGACAAGUUGUUGCAGCAACAAAUAGAAUUAGCGAGGUCUACUCCUGCCAAGGCUGCAGAGAACAUAGAAAGCUCUCAGGCUGCAAACAGAACAUUAAUCAUGCCAAAACCAACAUCAUCACCCUCAAUCAGUGAGGAACAAAAAGAAAGGAUGAUAAGAAACAGAAAACUUGCAGAAGAAAGACGACUUGCUAAACUGAAGAACCUUGAAAAUAAUAUGAGUCAUCCUGAAUCAGACAUCAAUAUGAAUGCAAGUGAGAUUUUGACAGAUAAACAUAAUAUAAAUGAGACAGUGAUUGAGGUACAAAUAGAAACACAUAGAACCAGUAUUGAUACUCAAGAAAGGAUAGCUACAGAUAUACAAGAGGGACAUAAAGAUUCUAAUAAGUUAACUGGGAGUAAAAUUGGUGAAGUAGAAAAUAAAAAUAAUAUUGGUGAUAAGUCAGAAACAGAUCUCUUAAAGAAUUUAGGUACUGAUAAUAUAGCUAAUGAUAGUGAUGUAAGUGAAACAGUAACAGAGGAAAAUCUUCAAGCUAAUACACAAGAUGGGAAUGAAAUUACUGAGUCAACUCCUGAAGUCAAUGUUGAUAAUGUAACAAGGGGUCCUGGUUAUGAAAGUCAGAAAAAUAUAACAGAUGGAACUAAUUCUUAUCAAAAAUCUGGUAAUUCAAGUGGUCAAAACAUAGACACUAAUGAUUUGCCAUCUAAUGAUUUAGCUGUAGAUGACAAAACUAUAAGUGAUCCAAAUAAUUUGAAUCUUAAUAGAAUAUCUCCUAUUGAGAGGGUUAUUGAAAAUAACAUAAUUCAAAGUACAAUACAAGGUUUAGUGGAGAAUGAUAACAAUUUGAACCAUGAGAGGGAUUUAAUUAAUCAGGAUCUUGUUCAGGAAGCUGCAGGUUCAAGAGAUAUGUUGAAUAAUGACAUCAUGGAUGUAGAUUUCAGUGAAGAAUUUUGAAAUAAAUGUUCAUAAAAUAAUAA